AUGGAUGCUACCAAGAAACAGAGAAAGAUCCAGAGGAUGGCCUUCACGAAGGCACUCACGGCUUUUACGGCAAAAAUGGACAGUGAUUGCUCAAGUGAAGACAAGAUGGUGGCCUUCCAAUUUCUCGAAACAAAGAUGUCGGAAUUAGAUACUGUGCAUUCGGCAUAUAAUCAGGCGCUUUUCCAAUCAGACCUGGACGAAGAGGUUAUCGCCAAGGAGUUGGAAUCGGACGACGCAUAUAAAACGCAGUACCUAACCGCAAAAAUGAAGGUAACGUCGAGAAGGCCCGCGAUACCGGAAGACGGAUCAAGCACGAGGGUAACCAAUACUACCAAGACCUCGAAGUUUCCAAAGCUGGAACUGCCAAAAUUCAAUGGCAAUAUCAAGGAAUGGCUACCGUUCUGGAGCCAAUUCAAGAAGAUUAACGACGAUAUGUCGAUAAGCAGUGAAGACAAGUUCCAGUAUCUUCUACAGGCCACCGGUCCAGAUUCCCGAGCCAAUGAGAUCGUGAAAAGUUUCCCGCCCACGGGCGAGAAUUACGCGAAGGCGAUCACGAGCUUGAGAAAUCGUUUCGGAAGAGACGACAUUGUAGUGGAAUUCUACGUUCGGGAACUUCUGGGUCUCGUGCUGCAAAACGCCGUGAAAGGAAACAAAAAGCCGUCGCUGGGCAGCCUAUACGAUAAAAUCGAGUGUUAUAUACGAGCAUUGGAAACGCUCGGUGUGACGACGGAUAAGUGUGCGGCCAUGCUCUAUCCAUUGGUUGAGUCGUCCCUUCCAGAAGAGGUCCUACGAGCAUGGCAACGUAGCGGUCAACGAGGAUUGGCUGAGGACAACGGGCAACGUGAGACUACCGAUCGACUGGCCAAACUGCUGAAGUUUCUGCAAUUGGAGGUAGAAAACGAGGAACGUAUCGACAUGGCGCUGACAGGAUUCGGGUUAUCGACGGAGCACGACAAAGCAAAAAAGCUGAGAAACAAACCAGAAUCGUCAAAGGAAACGGCCAGCGCUAGCGUACUUCUCGUCGCGAAAGAGCAGAAAAAACCGGUCUGUAUUUUUUGUAAAUCGAAUCACGAAAGCCAACACUGUGAAAACGCACAUAAGUUAACGUUAAAUGAACGUAGAGAUAUCGUCAAAAAAGAAAAUUGUUGUUACAAUUGUUUGAUACGAGGACACGCGGCACAAAAAUGUAGAAGCAGGUUGAAAUGCGAUUGGUGUACGAGACGCCAUGUUCUCUUAAUGUGUCCGGGUAUUUUUCGCAAAGAGAGCGUUUCCGCGAUCAAAUCGGACGAUAAUAAGAAUACGGUCUCGGAUGACAAUAAGAAAACAGUCGAAGAUUCUAGUUUAGCUACGUUUUGUGAAAGGUAUGACGUGUACUUGCAAACUCUUCGCGUAAAAAUAUAUUCGAUGUCACGGGAGAAAAUUGUAAGAGCGGUCAUUGAUACAGCCGCACAACGGUCAUAUAUCCGCACCGAUAUCGUAAAAGAUUUAGGUUAUAAUUCGCUAGGAGAAUUAAAAGUUACACAUACGUUGUUCGGUGGAAUUAAAUCCGGGGUCGAGAAACACGAGAUGUUCCGAAUACAUUUGAGAAGUUUAGAUGGUUCGUAUGCAUGCAAUUUUUCUGCUAUGAAUACAAACGUUAUUUGCAGUACUAUUCCGAGCAUCAAAAAAGACUCUUGGGUUAACGAACUACGCAACAAUAAUAUUAAUUUAACUGAUAUCGGAGAAGAAACCGACGCGAUAGGCAUUCUUAUCGGUGCGGACGUGGCAGGCAAACUGAUGACCGGUCGAAAAUAUAAUUUGGAAAAUGGACUAACAGCAUUUGAAACUCUCCUAGGUUGGACAGUAAUGGGAAAAUUGCCGAUGAUAUCUCGGAGAUCCGACACCGCGGUAACGCUUACGACGCUGUUUGUGCAAGAGGCCAGUCCGUCUGAUCUGUGGCGUUUAGAUGUCAUUGGUAUCACGGAUCCAAUUGAAAAGACGGAUAAAUUUGAACAAGAGGAACGAAUUCGAGAGUUUCUGCAGGAGACAGCGAGGUUGAACAACGAAGGUCGAUACGAAGUUAAAUUACCGUGGGUGGACGACCACGCUCCGGUUUCCAGUAAUUAUGAUAUCGCGCGCAAUAGAUUAAAGAAAUGUACGCAAAAGCUUAAAGCCCAAAAUCUUUUCGAAGUAUACGAUAAUGUUUUUCAGGAAUGGUUGUCGGAAGGCAUUAUUGAAAGAGUAACGGACAGCGAAAUUAACGGUUCCGGGCAUUAUUUGCCGCAUCGUCCAGUAGUAAAGACGCACGGCACGACAAAAAUCAGACCGGUGUUUGAUGCCUCGGCGAGCAGAAAGGGUUAUCCGUCGUUAAAUCAAUGUCUGGAAACGGGGCCCAAUUUGAUUGAAUUAGUACCGUCAGCUCUAAACAGAUUUCGAGAAGGGGAAAUUGGAGUGGUGUCAGAUAUUAAAAGGGCGUUCUUGCAAAUCUCCGUACACAAAGAGGAUAGAGAUUAUCUACGUUUCUUCUGGAUUGUAAAUAAUGAAAUAAUAAUCUUCCGUCAUUGUCGUGUAGUUUUCGGUUUGGCAUGUAGUCCCUUUUUAUUAGCAGCUAUUAUAGAGUUUCAUUUAUCGACAUACAUGAAAGCUGUAAAAGAAACCGAAACUAUAAUACAAAAAUUGAGAAACGCGUUUUAUGUAGACAACUGUGUAACAAGCGUAAAUUCGGAAGAAGAGUUAAAAAACUUUGUACAAGAAGCUACGUCGAUUUUAGCGGCAGGCGGAUUUGAAUUACGGGGAUGGGAAAGCUCGGGUGAAACGAUAGAAAAUGAAUCGAGUCUCGUUUUGGGAAUUUUAUGGAAUAAAAAGGAAGAUACAAUAUCAAUUAAUCCAGCAGUAUUAAACGAGAAUUCACCUGAUGUAAUAACAAAAAGAACAAUUCUGUCUGCAACACAUAAAGUUUUUGAUCCUGUAGGUUUUACGUGCCCUGUGUCUUUGCUACCCAAGUUGUUACUUAAAGAAUUUUGGGCGGAAAAGAUAGACUGGGAUACCGAAAUCGAAGACAAUCGGGGCAAUCAAUUUAGAAACUGGCUAAACGACUUAGAUAAGUUAAACCAGAUUAAAAUUCCGCGAAAACUGGGCAAAGGAAAUCUAACGUUAUACACAUUUUGUGACGCGAGUGGACUAGCAUACGCGGCGGCGGUCUUUGCUAGAGUUGAGAACGGGAAUAACACAAGUGUUAGACUUCUAAGUGCUAAAUCUCGUAUAGCCCCGCGAAAAACUACCAUUCCGCGUUUAGAAUUGAUGGCGGCCACCAUUGUAGUCCGGCUAACGAUAUCGGUGUCUAAAUCUCUAACGCGAAAAAUUUUAAAGACAACGUUUUGGACAGAUUCGACGACGGUCUUAGCGUGGAUUAAACGGGACACGCAAUGGGGUACAUUUGUCUGGAAUAGGAUAAAAGAAAUUCGGACUCUUAGCGAACCAAAUGAUUGGAGACAUGUACCCGGAGAUUUAAAUCCCGCGGAUCUUCCCUCACGUGGCUGCAGUCCGGCACAAUUAGUGCAUUCCGAAUGGUGGUUUGGCCCAACGUGGCUCUAUAAAGUCGAAUCCGAGUGGCCCAUAACUAGUCCAGACAUUUAUAGUGAAGAGGAAAUAAUAAAAGAAGCGAAAAGGUCAAUUCUAGUACACACAGUAAAAACUGAGAUUUUUAAGUUUAAAGCCAAUCAGUACUUUUCUUCCUACAGCAAACUUGUUCGAUUUUUUGCGUGGAUGCUUAGAUUUUUCGCUAACUGUAGGAAAAAAGUCAGUAAUAAAGAAGCUGCAAAGAAGAAUGAUUCUAGACAACGAUUAACAUUAUCUUUUGCAGAAAGAAAAGCAGCCGAAACAAAACUUUUUAAGCAUUUACAAAGUAAUAUGUUUAACUCAGUAUCUAAAACCAAGUUAUCGGCAUUUCGAACAAUGAAAACUGAAGACGGGCUGUACCUUUUGAAAACUAAGAUUUUUAAUAGAUGCGAUAAUUAUAAUUUCUUGUGUCCUAUUCUUUUAUCAAACGACGAAGAUAUCGUUCCAAUGCUGGUUCGAGAAUAUCACGAGUCUAUGGGCCACGCGGGGACACAAAUAAUUAUGGCCAAACUACGGGAGAAAUUCUGGAUUAUUUCUCUUCGGAAAAUUGUAAGAGCAGUUAUCUCGGACUGCAUAAUUUGCAAAAAGCAAAGAGUUAAACGCAUGGAAACCGAAACCCCUCCGUUACCUCUCAACCGCGUUCGAAAUGCCGCGAUUUUCGAAAUAGUUGGAGUGGAUUUUGCAGGGCCACUAAUUUCGCGGGGGGGAGGGAAGAGUUGGAUCUGCAUUUUUACGUGUGCAGUGUACAGAGCAAUCCAUCUUGAAUUAGCAUCGACGCUAUCAACACAGGGUUUCUUAGAAUGUUUGCGCAGAUUUAUAGCAAGACGCGGACGUCCAAAAGUCAUAUAUAGUGACAAUGGAACUAAUUUUACGGGCGCCGCUAACGCUCUGAGCAAGUUAGAUUGGGAAAAAAUCGGCAAACAUAAAUCGUUAACUCAAAUUGAAUGGUAUUUCAAUCCACCAGCGGCACCGUGGUGGGGUGGUUGGUGGGAAAGAUUAAUAGGAAUUUUGAAAACGUUGCUACGUAAGAUUUUGGGCAAAGCGAGUCUUCCUUACGAAAACUUAUAUACCGUUCUAUGUGAUGUCGAAGCAAUAAUAAAUGGUCGUCCACUCACGUAUAUCUCAGAAGAUCCAGACGAUCUUAGACCAUUGUCGCCUUCAAUGUUUUUGCAAGAAAUUCGAGAGUACGGUGUUCCAGAUAGCGACAUGCUCUAUCGUAAAAAACUAAAUAACAAGUUUAAAUACAGACAGAAAAUUUUCGAGGACCUUCGGAAAAGAUUCCGCACUGAAUAUUUAGGCCAACUAUUGUUAAAAAAUGGAAGGAAAGAAACGCGAAAAUUCAAAGUGGGUGAUGUCGUUUUGAUCGGCGAUGACACACAUAGACGCAUAGACUGGCCUCUUGCACGAAUAAUAGAAAUAAUUCCGGGUUCCGAUGGUCAAGGCAGAGUACUUACUCUAAAAACUAGGAAUGGUAUGUUUAAGAGACCAAUACAGAGGAUCUAUCCGUUAGAGAUUUCGCAAGAGAAAGAAGAUGUAACAGAUUUACGAGAAAAAGCGAAAUUCGGAAAAGUUAUGCGUACAGAUCUCAAUCGGGAGCCGAAUAAUUGUAAAACCGAUGACAUGUUAAGUUAUAAACCAAAGGAGCAAGAUCCGAAGACCGUCACCACUAGAAGUGGUCGCGUAGUUAAGAAACCGGAACGUUUUGGAUGUUAG